UAUCUUGUAAACUAUAACCUGUAGUUUUGUAGCUAAUGAGUGUUUUGUUCAGCUGCUUGUGUAGAUAACUCAGUUAUGUGUUUGUUAAUAUUUGCAGGGGAAAGCUUCAGGAGCCUUUCCUACCAGUUCCGAGUGGGAGUGUCAACCAUCCGGCAAUUCGUUCCUGAGACCUGUCCAGCCAUUUACGAGGUGUUAAAAGAGAAAUACCUGAAGUGCCCAGACACAGUGGAAGAGUGGCAGCAAGUAGCUGAUGGAUUCCAGGCUCAGUGAGACUUCCCAAACUGCCUAGGUGCCCUGGAUGGGAAACACAUCAACACCCGCCCCCCUCCAGGAACUGGAUCAACCUACUUCAACUACAAACAUACAUUUUCCAUAGUGCUAAUGGCACUGGUCGACAGCAACUACAAGUUCUUGUAUGUAGAUGUAGGUUGUAAUGGGAGGAUUUCAGAUGGUGGUGUGUUUGGUGGAUGCUCACUGCAGGAUGCCUUGGAGAACAGGACAUGCAACAUCCCUGCACCUGCACCACUUCCUGCUUCUGACCAGGCGGUUUGUUACCAUAUUGUGGCAGAUGAGGUAUUUCCCCUGAAAGAGUACCUCAUGAAGCCCUAUCCGAACCGCAGGCUAGCUGUAGAGCAAUGCAUCUUCAACUACAGGCUGUCGCGGGCUCGGAGGGUGGUAGAAAAUGCCUUUGGCAUCCUAGCCAACCGUUUUCGGGUCUUCCUAGCCACCAUAAACAUUCAAGACACUGCCAAAGUGGAGGCCAUUGUUUUGGCUUGGCACAACUUCCUGCGCACAGAGAACUGUAGCGCAUACAUGGCGGGAGUUGUUGACCAGGAAGGACCCGAUCAUGGCACUGUCCCAGGAAGCUGGAGACAAGACCCUGACCUACGGCAAGCCACCCUGCCACCCACCACCAAUAAUCCAGCUCGAGCCAAGCAGCACAGGGAUGAACUAUGCCAAUAUUUUAACGGUAUCGGUGCAGUGCCUUUUCAGUGGGAUAAGAUAUAGCACCAUCUUUUUCUCUCAUGGUGGUUUGGCUCAUAAAGGGGUUGUGUUGUGAUAUUUUCCUCAAGCUUUGGUAAAGUGUAUUCUUUGAAUGCAGAUUUGGGUUCUGCCCGCUCUGUUGAUAAAAGCUCAUUCUAAUGUUGUGUUAUGUGUGUAUGAAGG